UUACGUAGCGCACUGAGGUGCUGUAAAGCGCAACCGAUGGAUGCGUCCUGCGUGCGUGCGCGUAUUGGAGCGGAGUCAUUUGUGAGGAUCACAUUUGAAACGGCUUAAAUCACAUAGAAGAAACGAAUAUAGGGCUUUUGGACGACAGAGCAGUGUGCGGAUAACAACCCAUAAGCAAAUGUCUUACCCUCGUAUAUGCACCACUUUAAUGGACAGACGAGAUGCUGAAAUGGACGCAGACAUGGACCCAGGGCGCAGAAGUGAUGACUGCCUUUGGUGAAGAGUAACACCGGCUCUGCGCGGAAAACAUGCAAGCAUAGAUAUUGUUUUUAGUGAGGACUUCACGAUUUGAAGCUGUGAUCUGAUUGUGUCGGCUUUCCGUGGAUAUCUGCUGGAUUUUUUUUUUUUUAAAAAAAGAAGAAAAUUCCCGUUAGAUGUUCCAUCUCAGAGAAAAAGAAAAAUCCCUCCGAAAAUGGAGAACGGAGCAACCUGAACAGAGAGAUAAUAUACAAUCUUCGCAACUUUAUCAAUUUCCCACAGAAUGCUGUUUCAGACUCUGAGCUGCGGGACUUCUGUCAUCAACAGAACCAGGAGGGAAACGACAAAUAAGCAUCUUAGAAUCCGCACUGGGUUGUGAGGUGAAAUCUAAUCAGAUUCAGCAGCGUUGAUGACUAACAAGUCUUCACGAAAAAGUUUCAUUUGAAAACGAGACAUUAAAUUAACUUCAUGUUCUUUGUUCAGUGUAAUGACGAGCUUUCCCGGAUCUAUGCGCCUGGAAAACAAAUGACUGCAUGAUGCUGUAUUUGCAUGCUUUUUAAUCGUUUGAUUUAAAUCAGAGAGAAAGGGGAAUCAGAAUAACUGCACCGUGCUCUCCCACUGACCAUUAGGAGAAAACCUUGGACCACAGCGGGGCAUCCAUUUGCAUAGAGGGUAUCAUUUCAACACUGGCACUUGUGGGUGCCUCUGUGCUCUGUGCGUCCUAACGAACAAAAAAGAGGAAUAACCGGAUGCUUUAUCAUCACCACUGCGAGAGUUAAUGGCACCCGGACUGAUGUGUGGAUUACAUGUAGCACGUCGUUUCUGAAAGUGGGGAAACGAUGUUUCUAACAAGAAAGUAUCACCACGGAUUCUGCAAAAUCGCCUGAGUAUUGCGGAUGUUUUGUCGAUGCAGUUUUUUCUUUUGGGGAGGGAGUGGGAGAUCGAGGGACCAGUUCUGCAGAUCUCAGCGUCUCAAUGUGUGAGCAGGGCCAGGGCUGUGGCAGAUUUGCAAGUUAACAUGUGGAUGACCAGAACCCCGUGGAACUGUAAUUGAAUUGGCAGUCUCUAUGUACAAAAGAAAAUGGUCUAUAUCGCCGAGCAAAUAACCCACAACGACCAGUUGGCCCAAAUCCUCUUUCCAAAGAGUGGGAGACCCGUCAACGAAUUAUGAAUGUUAAACAAUAUGACCUCCUCUCAGCAGCAGCAGAUGAUGCGAGGUCCUAGGUGGAACCGGGCCUUGUCCGACCCUUUGCUUGUGCUGCUUCUGGCCCUCCAGCUGCUCGUGGUGGCAGGGCUGGUACGUGCUCAGACGUGCCCCUCCGUCUGCUCCUGUAGUAACCAGUUCAGCAAAGUCAUCUGCACUCGCCGAGGCCUGCGGGACGUCCCUGAUGGCAUCUCUACUAAUACACGCUACCUGAAUCUGCAGGAAAAUCUCAUUCAGGUCAUAAAGGUGGACAGCUUCAAGCAUCUAAGACAUCUGGAGAUCCUGCAGCUGAGCAAAAACCACAUACGCAAAAUUGAACUGGGGGCCUUCAAUGGACUGGCCAGUCUCAAUACCUUGGAGCUUUUUGAUAACCGCCUCACCACCAUCCCAAACGGGGCAUUUGAGUACCUGUCCAAACUAAAGGAGCUUUGGCUGAGGAAUAACCCCAUAGAGAGUAUUCCCUCCUAUGCUUUCAACAGAGUGCCAUCAUUACGCCGGUUGGACCUUGGGGAGCUUAAAAGGCUCUCCUAUAUUUCUGAGGGCGCCUUUGAAGGGCUGAGCAAUCUGCGCUACUUAAAUCUCGGGAUGUGCAAUCUGAAGGAAAUUCCCAACCUUAUUCCCCUGGUGAAGCUGGAUGAACUGGAGAUGUCAGGGAACCAGCUAUCUGUCAUCCGGCCCGGCUCUUUUAAAGGGCUCAUCCACUUACAAAAGCUAUGGAUGAUGCAUGCACAGAUCCAGACCAUCGAAAGAAACUCUUUCGAUGACCUGCAGUCGCUGGUGGAGCUCAAUCUAGCCCACAACAACCUCACCCUCUUGCCCCACGAUCUCUUCACUCCUUUACAUCACCUGGAGAGGGUGCACUUGCACCACAACCCGUGGAAUUGUAACUGUGACAUUCUCUGGCUAAGCUGGUGGCUUAAGGAGAUGGUACCUGCAAACACUAGCUGCUGCGCACGCUGUAGCUCACCGACCCACCACAAAGGGCGAUACAUUGGCGAGUUGGACCAGAACUACUUUCACUGUUAUGCUCCGGUUAUUGUGGAGCCCCCUGCAGACCUAAAUGUGACAGAGGGAAGCUCUGCAGAGUUGAAAUGCAAAGCCAGUUCUUUGACCUCUGUGAGCUGGAUUACACCCAAUGGUUCCAUCAUGACGCAUGGCGCGUACAAGGUCAGACUCUCAGUGCUGAAUGAUGGCACGCUGAACUUCACUAACGUUACCAUGCAGGACACGGGCACAUACACAUGUAUGGUCAGUAAUUCGGCGGGUAACACGACAGCAUCUGCCACGCUCAACGUGUCCUCCACGGAGAACAGCAGCUUCAGCUACUUCACCACAGUAACAGUGGAGACCAUAGAAACGCCACACAAUGAAGGCUUCACCACUAUCGUGCAACAGAAGGUGGGCCCCACCCCCUCUGCUGGUAUAUGGGAGUCUGUUUCAGCCACCUCUACAACAACCACCACAUUUCGGACCCCACUCUCCACCCGGGCCACGGAGAAGACUUACACAAUCCCUGUCACGGAGCUGGGUGGGGAGGGUUCACUUAACGGCUUGGAUGAGGUGAUGAAGACAACCAAGAUCAUCAUUGGCUGCUUUGUUGCAAUCACACUUAUGGCAGCUGUCAUGCUGAUUAUCUUCUACAAGAUGCGCAAACAGCACCACCAGCAGAAUCACCACGCACCCACGCGCACUAUUGAGAUCAUCAAUGUGGAUGAGGACUGUGUUACGGGAGGCCCAGGCAUGGAGGGCCACCUCACUCUGCCUCCUCUUGAGCACGAGCACCUCAACCACUACAACACCUACAAGACUGCAUACAACCAUGCCUCUACUAUCAACUCCAUACACAGCUCAGCGCACGAACCUUUGUUAAUCCGGGCCAGCUCAAAAGACAAUGUACAAGAGACCCAAAUCUAAUAUGUUUUCUUUCUUUCUUUUUUUUUCUUUCUUUUCAAAUGCAGUCAUUAUGAAACUGAUGGAAUUGCAUAAAACACUACUGACAGGACAGUAACUCAUAAGUGGUUGUGAUGAUUAUGACCCAAAUAUGGAGAAAAAGACUCAUGUUUGGCAAAUCAAGUGACUGGUGACGUUAAUUAAAUGACUUUGGAAAUUAGGGUAUGUCUACUGUUUCAAAAAGUGUCUUUACAAAAACAGAAGUUAUUUAUUUAAGAAAAAAAAUGUUGUGGUUAAAUCAAGAAAAUUGUAUUCUGCAAUUAUUUUUUCAGCACUAAAUUCACAUUUUAUUUGAUUUUUGUUUGUUUCCUCCCUCUUAAUUCCACAGGAUUGGUUUACUAAUAUGUUUCUCAUAAUCUGUUUGAAGUCAUCUGUCAAUGGAAAUCUCUUGUUGCUUUUAUUUGGUAGACUGCAGACUUUGGAUCAGAUGAGAUAGUAGCCUCGUUUUCCCCAUGUAUGAAAGGAAUCUAGAGCACAUUAGUGAUUUUCUCCAGCUGUGGAUUGAACGAUGAAAUCUUUGUGACCAUCUGUAAGUGGAAUGAAUUAAACACGUGUUCAUUAUUUUACAAUGAUUGGUAGAAUUGUCAAGAUGGAAUUUGAUCAGACUUCACUGUUUAAUUACAUCUCUUGCACAUGAGGCACUCUGAUCUGUCAUCAGUAGACUCCUUAAUGAGUGAAAUAUGUACUGCGUGCUGUUGUACAAGUUAAGGCUCACCAUUAGAAGUGCAUUUUUAUUCAAUUAAAUUCUAUAGAUUAAUGAUGAAAGAAACACAUGUUUGUCUUUUUGUGCCUAAUUUAUAUGCAAAGUAUAAUUUGACUCAAAUCCCACGAGAGACAGGAAAGGUUAAUUGUCUCAAAAAUACAUUUUCGUCACUGAAGGUUGUUAUAGAGAAGCAGCAUUUACUUUAGAAUCAACAUAAUUGUUUUGGAAAAUACCAAUCCAGAUGAAAAGAUCAUGUAGACGAUCUCAACUUCUGGUGACGGUCUACAGCUGUUAAAGGUUUUGCAGUGUAUAAUGACCUCACCUUUAACUUGCAGCACUUUGUACUGCUGCAUGUGAAGGUGAUUGCUUUGAAGCCACCUACUCCCCUCAUCUGCAGUACUACAUGAUAAAAUGCUGUCAGAAGCAGACUGAUGAGCUGAAGAAAGAGCGUAAACCCUUUAUACAGCUGUCUGAGCACACCGCCUGUCAUCUGUGUGCCAUAUUUCCACAUGGCAGUCCCAGAUUCACACCCUGCCCCUGCCAACAUUAGGACUUGGCCCUGAGCUGUUGGCCUUAUGCUGCAAGAGGCUUUGGGGUGAAUGAGUGGGAUCGGGCAUCAACCAGAUGUUUGGGUUGCAUCUGUCUCUCCCCCUCCAAUUUCCAUUUUAAUUGAUGUGCACAUGGGCUUUGGAUGGAUGCAGCUUUGAAGGUGCCGAUACCCUGGAAACCAUUUCAAAGUCCUCACCGUUAAUGGACCCAUAGGUGCCAGAAAGGCAGAGGUUAUACGCAGACAUUUGUCAGGUUCCACAGGUUUUCUUUGAGCCAAUUAGAGCAGCUUUCACUCCCCUGAGAGUACGAUAUACAAAAGGUCAGAUUCUUUUCUUUUACAAUAUAUUGUGUUCAUGUAAGGAAUAACAUCUGAGGGGAUUCACCUCAGAUGAACUGCAGGUACAGACUGUGGCUUGUUCUUUCACCUAAAAAUGAGACUGGGUGAUGAGAAACUGUCCAAACUGUCAUCUCCACUGUUCUCCACGGUUAUUUGUAUGUUCAGUUCAGUCCCAUUCUCUACAGAGGGUGAAGCUCUGUUCAGUUCAGUAGGUAAUGCAAUUAUUUGCAUUGUGAUUGUCAAAAGUUGUGAAGGGUAGCACAAUAACACAUGUGUACCAUCCAGCACCUAACGAGUGGAGCUAGACACACUGUAGUCCGCUGAUUAGUCAACUGAAAAUGGUCGGAUGCAAUAGGGAAAAAAGACGAAACCAUUGUCUGCCAUUUGUGCUUCUUUUUUAGUGAUUAAUAUCACAGCACAUGUCCCAUUCUUUCCAUCCAGAUCUUAUUUUACCUUUCCAAACUGAAACUGUAACGAGCUGAACUGCACCGUACCACCUGGAGGAAACACAGCUUCUGUUUCACGUUCAUAUUUUUACCAACUUAUGGCGUAGGAACACUGUCUCCAUCAGGACUUUGGAGUUGUGGCCAUGCGAUCAUAGGUGGAAAGUAUCCCAUGAGGUCUACACCUCAAAACUUCCUCAAGUACAGCUUUAGUUGAUACACAUGUUCACAGAUCAAUACAAAAUACCUGCAAAUGUACCAUUUAGAACCACCUUUCAAGCUGACAUGAGGUGAGUGCCAUCUGCUCAGAAUAUAAAACAUAAAAGGAAGAAAAAAAAACCAUGAGAAUAACAGUGAGAAUAAGAACCCCUGCAUGUUAAGGGUUUCAAAUUAAAAUAAAGGAUAAUAAUGAUCUAAAGCUGUACUCCCACAGGACUAGUAAUAUCUUCCUGUGAUACAAUAAUUGCUUAGGUUACCUAUGUUAAUAAUCCAUGUCUGCAAUAUGUUAAGCAAAACUCAAAUUACCGACAGUGUUCUUGCCCAGUGCAUAUUAUGAAACUGCAUUCUUUUUUCAUUUAUUUUAUUCCAGUACAUUUCCCUCCAUCUUCCAGUUUAAUAAUUACAUAGUGGAAAUUAUCAGUGGGAUAUAUAUUAACCUAUGGGGAACAAUGUGGAGAGCUAUUCUAUUUACUUUGUAUGGAAAGCCACUGUACGUUUCAAUAUAAUUCAUUCUGGAGCUGGAUUUGCCCUGUCAUUUUAAAUAUAAAACAUUUAAUUUAAUUUAAUUUAUUAACAUUGAAUGUGCACCGAUGUGGAGGAUAUGAGUAAUACAAGGUCCCCAGGUGAUUGUAGUCUGGACCAAUGAGAUGAUCAUUUAUCCACCAGGACACUAUUUAUCCAAAUGCACUUCAGUGGAGUCUGACACUUUUGUAAACCAUAAAACCUGGAUGUGUGUCAUUUAGUCUGUGUUUGAGUUCCUACAGUGACGCGACGUGGAUCACAAUUUAACUCAGUCAACAUAAGAGAGUGUAACCAUCUUCCUUCUUUUUUUUUUUAGUUGGAGGUAAAUUGUCUGAAAAUUUAAAUGGUAAAUUAGUUCCAUUUUAGUCGAGCUGUCUCAUGUAUGUAAGAUAUCUAAAUAUUUUUGGUCAAAAUCCCUUUUGUUUCCCUUUUAUUUAUUUAUUCUUUUUCUGAGAGGGAAUGCUGUUCUAGUGGUAGAUUUAUAUAUAUAUAUUAAAAAAAACAAAAAAAACAACAUUUUAACAAUAAAACUAAACAAAAAACAGAAGUUUUUAAAUUUUGAUUUUACAUGUGCCAAACUGUUCUAAAAGUGAAAAGGAGAAACAUGCUGUAAAAGAGUAAGAUAUUAAUUUUCAUGCAAGCAUUCUUUCAUGACCUUUAAAAAGAUGUGGGGAUCGAUUAUAGAGACCAGAGUUUGUAGUUCAUACACAGAAUAUGGUUAAAAUAAAAUAUUGUUGUUUUUUCUGUA